UCACAACGCCGCCACGAUAUGACUAUGGCCCCCUCGCCGACCCAACAAGAACGAUUCAUUUUCAUCGUCGACUAUUUUGUAGCCACCAGAUAGCAGCUUGGAUAGUUGUAAUAAGCCAACGUUAGUGUAUCACCGACAUCCUUCGGUCACAGUAGAUACUCGAUAUCCCUUUUACAACAAUUUUUGCAUUUUCCAUCGCACAAUCACAGUGAGUGUUGUGUUGUGAUUUUUCUUGUGUUGUCGGGGCGCGAAUUAAAUAUUUUCAUUCUUGAGUGCAAAAAUUUUUGUCGUCCUUCGCGAUUGUAUUUAUUUUUAAAAUUUCAAACACAGUUGAGCGUGAAUAACGGCUGCGAAAGGAUGCAAUGGGAUUCUGUUGUAUAGAAAGAUUUACUUCUUGAAACGAAUAAAAUUCUGCUUAAGUGCAUUCAAAUUUAAAUUUGAGUUCAAAAGGACGAAAUUUUGAAAGUUCGCGGCGGUUUUUGUUUUUAAGACAUAUUAAUAUUUCUACGUUCUUGUGCUGUUUUACUGAUUUAUGUCGGAGCUGACUUCAAUGUAAAAAUAUAAAUUUAACAAAAAUAUCCUUUUGAUUUAUAUGUGUAUAUAAAAAUUUCAACAAAAAAUAUUUAUGAAUAUUUUUCCUAAGAAUAUCCUUGAUCUAUAAAGUAGUGUUUCGUUUUGAUUUUUACUCUUCUAUCUCUGUCUAUAUUUGUAAUGUAUUGUUGUCGCUCGCUUAAAGUGCUACGGUUGUGAACACAUAUAGUAUUACUAAGCUAUCGAAACUUAAAGAUAGAAAAUAUACAAAUCAAGGACAUUCACAAAAAUAUAUUCCUCCUCAUUUUGUGUAGAUGAAGGAGAAUAUUUUCGAUUGAAUGAACAAUCGUGACUGUCAUCCAGAACUUUGGCUCGUACUCAGCGAACCGUGAGAAAUAUUGUAAGCGAUAUCCUGAUAAUCAUUAUUCUACUUUCUACCUAGAAGCUAGAAAAUACUGUUUUUACUUUCUUCUUCUUCUUCUUGCUAUUCCUGUAUCUUCCUUCCUUCGACAAUAAUUCUUCAUAUUUUAAGAUUUAAGCAUAAGAAAUAAGGAACAAAAAUAAGAAAUACAAAAAUAAAAAAAAACUAGUCCUUGUUGCAUUUUAAGAAAAGUUAAGUUGCCAUUCUUUGAGAAUCCUUGAACCACGUGCUCUGCAAGAAGCGAGCGAGAGUACAGAUGACGAAGGCAAACGCAAACAGCAGCAAAAAGGACUUCACUACUUAAGAGGAAAGACGUAGCGUAGCGUGCUGCUUGCGAGGACCAAAAUCCUCCCUCACAUUUUUGUGUCUAGUAUUUCAGUAUUGUAUUUUUGUUUGGUUUUUGUGUGCUCUUGUGUGUUUAUUUCUGUGCGGCAAAAAGUGUGUGUUUUUUUGUUAUUGAGAGAGAAAGAAAAACCAAAAAACCAACCGAAUAUCCUUCGAACGAAGACGUCGACGAGUGUACGACGACGAGAGUACGAGACGAGUUUGCGAGUUUUCCGCGCGAUUCAGCUGUUGCUGUUAUCCUUCAGGAAUGCACCGUGGAACUUUGAUUAAUUCUUGUGCGUAUUAAAAGGACUUAGUGGUCAACACAUUGAAAAAUAGGACAUCCUAUACAAUGCUACGUGAGGAAGCUGCAAUCAUUGUCAUCGGCCGAGCUUUAAAGGAACCACUUCCAAGUGAAAUAUGAAUUAUCCAAAAGGUAAAUCCCGCCACUACGCAGUUAAUGGACUAAGUCCAAUUACAAAUAUUGACAAGCCAACAUCAACACCAACAACAACAACAUCAGCAACUGCUGCCACCACUUACCAAUCUCAAUCUCAGUCGCAGUCUCAGGCUCAUCAACAACUCCAACAUCCGCAGACGACAAACAAUUUAACUGGCGGUCGUAAUAUUUACAACAACCCUUAUACACCGCCGCAACAACAUCGGCCCUCAUCGGCGGCCUCAUUUCAGCAUCAUUACAAGUCGACAGGACCCAUUAUAACAACCGGAAACGGAGGAGCUAAUCCCUACGACUAUAAUCCAACACAAUCAUCCGCACGCAACUCGGACAAUAUCACCAUCACCGAAGACGCAACAUUAAACCUAAACGAAACUGAUUUGGUCCUGGAACGGGAUAACGCAUUCUUAGUGCAAAGAGGUAAGUUACUGAGAAUUGAUAUUCAAAUGAUGAACGAUAUGCUAAAUGAGGGUCUAUUUUUAGGUUUAUUCGGUAAGUGAGAGAAAUCAUUCAACGGGAAAUAAUUUGUUUUCAAAAAUUAACAUCUGCUUUUAUACCUGUAGCUGUAGGUAAUAAUUGGUUUUUGGACUAAAUUUUGAUAUUUUAAACUAGAAAUAAGUCAAUAAAUUAAGUAAGCCAAAUUUUAUCAUAUUAAAAUUAUAUUUACAUUAGAUUAAAAACAUUUUAUGCUGCAAUUAUCCUUAUAACUAAAAUCUAAAAUAAGAAAAAAGUGUACAAUUGUGUCCCAUGUUGGGCGCCAGUCAGCAAUUUGUUUGAAAUUAGCAAGGCAUUUAACAUGAGAGUCAGAAACUUAAUUCCGCAAGAGAUAUUAUCAAUUAAAAAGUUUCAAACAGUUAAAUAUACAUCCUUAUGUUCCCAUGUUCGGCGCCACUUAUUUUUUAGAAUAUUCGUUCCAAGCCUGACAGAGUUACUUGGAUGUCAAGAUGAUAAAGAAGAAAUCAUUACAACAAAUAUAAGUUUAUCUGACGAAAAUUCCCACGUUGGGCGCCAGUUAACAUUUUUUUUAUGGUAAUUAAAAAGAAAAAGGAAAAAUACAUUACUUAAGCAAUAAGCUAUAAAUUAGUUUGUAAAAACGACACUUUUAAAGAAUGGCCCUUAUAUUGCACUAAAGUAUCAAAGCAUUGAAAGCAUGAUUUUUAGUUUGUUUGAAACCUUUUAUUUUAAAUUAACUUAGGAACUUAGUUUGCAUCUCCCUAAAAAAACCUGCUCGUUUAAGUUUUCUUAAUUCAGUUCUUUUUUUAAUUUGAUUGCCUCAUUUUUAUCAUACUACAGUAUUUCACCUUCAUCCUUUUGUUUUUCAUUUUAAUACUGCUUGAAAAAAACAAACCCCACCCUUUCCAAAAUAAAAACAUAAGUAAAAAAAUAACAUAGCAAGUGAACACCCCUUUAAGAUAAAAAUCAACGAUCUUACAACAAACAAAAAAAAAAAAACAGGUUACGUGAUGUUGAAAUAUAUAUUUAAAUAAAAGAUAUUAGUGAAAGAAAAAUAAAAAAAUAAAUAUAAGAAAAAUUGCUUCCAACAAGCGUUAGUUUUGAACGGGUUUUGGUGUAUUUUGGAAGAAAUCCAAUUGAA